UCCAAGGCCACUUUCCGUGGGCUCAAGUCCCUGACCCACCUGUCCUUGGCCAACAAUAACCUGCAGACGUUGCCUCGGGGUCUCUUCAAGCCGCUGGACAUCUUGAGUGACCUGGACCUUCGGGGCAACACGCUGGCCUGCGACUGCAAGAUCAAGUGGCUGGUGGAGUGGCUGGAGAGCACCAACACCACCGUCCCCGCCGUCUUCUGCAGUAGCCCCGGGCAAUUUGAGGGCCAACGGAUCCGGGACCUGGCACUGGGUGACUUCCAGUGCAUCACCACGGAUUUCGUGGUCCACCAGGUCCUGCCCUUCCAGUCGGUGUCGGCCGAGCCCUUCACCUACGCCAGCGACCUCUACGUCGCCCUGGCACAGCCCAGUGCCAGCAGUUGUGCCAUCCUCAAGUGGGACUACGUGGAGCGCAAGCUGCGUGACUUCGACCGCAUCCCUGCUCACUCGGCCGUGCACUGCAAGCCCAUCGUGGCCCAGGACCAGCUGUACGUGGUGGUGGCCCAACUCUUUGGUGGCUCCUACAUCUACCGCUGGGACACCGCCGUGGACAAGUUCAUCAAGAUCCAGGACAUCGACAGCCAGAAGACCCGCAAGCCCAACGACAUCGAAGCCUUCCAGAUCGAAGGCGACUGGUACUUCGUCAUCGCCGACAGCUCCAAGGCGGGUUCCACCAGCCUCUACCGCCUCAACCAGAACGGUUUCUACUCCCACCAAGCCCUCCACGCCUGGCACCGCGACACCGACGUGGAGUACGUGGAGAACGAGGGCAAACCCCGGCUGAUCAUCUCCAGCAGCUCCCAAGCCCCCGUCAUCUACCAGUGGAACCGGGCGCAGAAGCAAUUCGUCCCUCAGGGGGAGGUGGGGGAGAUGUUGGACGUGCAGAUGGUGAAGCACUUCAAGGUGAAGAGGGACCAGUUCCUCUGCCUCAGCCGCUACAUCGGCGACUCCAAGGUGGUGAGGUGGGAAGGGCAGCGCUUCGUGGAGCUCCAGACGCUGCCGUCCCGCGGCUCCAUGGUGAUGCAGCCCUUCUUGGUGGAGCAACGGCAGUACCUGGCCCUGGGCAGUGACUUCUCCUUCACCCACGUCUACCUGUGGGAAGAGGAGAAGCAGAAAUUCGUCAAGUUCCAGGAGCUCUCGGUUCAGGCCCCCCGGGCUUUCCGCUACGUGCCGGCGUCUGACGUCCAGCUCCUCUUGGCUCCCAGCUUCAAGGCCAACACGUUGGUCUACCGGCACGUGGUGGUGGACCUCAGCCUCUAGGCGAGGAUGGAGAGCCCAGGUUGCCCGUGGGGGUCAACAGCUCUUGCCUUUCCCCCCAAUCCCCAACCCUGAGAGCCUGAGGACACGCAUGCGCCCACCACCCCCUUCCUCCUGCCUGCAGCCCUGCCCUGUGGUCCCAGCCCGGUGCCACCACCACCCCCUCUUCUUCUCCCCAUCUUCACCCACCCCAGGGCAGCACCCAGCCCCACGGCUUGCUGGGGGAAGCCAUGAGCUUCAGUUUCCCACCUCCUCCCGGGUCCUCCCAGUUUUGCAGCCCCCACAGCCUCCCCAUCCAGCAUCCCGUGGGAUGCGGGCAGGAGGGUGGGAUGCCCUUGACCAUGCAGAGCGAUGUCCUUGGGUACCAGCUCUGUGGCACUGGGGGGGCUGGCAGGGCUGGGGGGGGGACAGGCAAUGGGCUGGAGGCUUGUGGCAGGGAGGGCUGGGGGCACAGGAGAGGGAUGUGCAUGGGCAGGGCUGGAUGGGGUGCUCCUGGGACCCUGGGGUGCUCCCGGGAUGAUGGGAUGCUCCAAGGUGGGUGGGAUGCUCUGAGGAGGGUGUGGAUGGGAUGCCCUGAGGAGGACGGGGUGCCCAAAGUGGGUGGGAUGCUCCAAGGUGGGUGUGGAUGGGGUGCCCUGAGGAGGAUGGGGUUCUCGAGGCCAGUGUGAUGCUCUGAGGAGGAUGUGGAUGGGCUGCCCUAAGGAGGACAAUGAUGCUUGAGGCCAAUGGGAUGCUCCAAGGAGGAUGUGGAUGGGAUGCCCUGAGGAGGACAAUGAUGCUUGAGGCCAAUGGGAUGCUCCAAGGAGGAUGUGGAUGGGAUGCCCUGAGGAGGAUGGGGUGCCCAAAGUGGGUGGGAUGCUCCGAGGUGGAUGUGGAUGGGGUGUCCUGAGGACAAUGAUGCUCGAGGCCAAUGGGAUGCUCCAAGGAGGAUGUGGAUGGGAUGCCCUGAGGAGGAUGAUGCUCAAGGCCAGUGUGAUGCUCUGAGGAGGAUGUGGAUGAGGUGCCCUGAGGAUGAUGGGGUGCCCAAAGUGGGUGGGAUGCUCUGAGGAGGGUGUGGAUGGGACGUCCUGAGGAGGAUGGGAUGCCCUGAGGAGGAUGAUGCUCAAGGCCAGGUGGAUGCUCCAAGGAGGAUGUGGAUGGGGUGCCCUGAGGACGAUGGGGUGCCCAGUGUGGGUGGGAUGCUCUGAGGAGGGAGCUGAUGGGAUGCCCUGAGGAGGAUGGGAUGCUCGAGGCCAGUGUGAUGCCCUGAGGAGGAUGCAGAUGGGAUGCCCUGAGGAGGAUGGGAUGCCUUGAGGAGGACGCAGAUGGGAUACCUUGAGGAGGAUGGGAUGCCCUGAGGAGGACGGGGUGCUCGAGACCAGCAGGAUGCUCUGGGCUGGCAGGAUGCCACCCGCAGAAGCAGGGCUAGCCCUCUCCCAUCCCCCUCCGUGCCAUGUCCAGAGCUCCCUCUGCCCGUGUCCCACUGCCGGGCAGGACCCAGCGUGUCCCAGCAGCACCCGAGGUGUACGUGCCCACCCAGUGCCCACCCAAACGUUCCCCACAAUAAACACACUGUGACACCCA